AUGAGGAAGCAUCAGGGAGCGUGGUGGCUGGCCAUCGGCUUUGUCUUCCUCCUCGGCCACCUCUCCGUGGUCACCACGCGGGGCCUCAAGCUCCGGAUCAAGUGGAACCGCAAGGCCUUGCCGAGCACCGCCCACGUGGUCACCGAGGCCCGGGUGGCCGACAUCCGCCCGGGCGCCUUCAUCAAGCACGGCCAGAAGCUGGACAUCGACUUUGGCACCGAGGGCAACAGGUACUACGAGGCCAACUACUGGCAGCUCCCGGACGGGAUCCACUACGAAGGCUGCUCCGAGGCCAACGUGACCAGGGAGGCGUUCAUCGCCGGCUGCAUCAACGCCACGCAGGCGGCCAACCAGGAGGAGCUGGCCCGCGACGGCCGGCUGCACCAGCGCGUCCUCUGGCGCCUCAUCCGCGAGCUGUGCGCCCUCAAGCGCUGCGAUUUCUGGCAGGAGCGCGGGGCGGGCCUUCAGCUGGGCCUGGACCAGCCCGUGAUGCUCUGCCUGCUGGCUUGCGUUUGGCUUCUGCUCAAAUAA